AUGCGGACGGGCGCCUUCACCUCCUUCGCGGACUGGCGAUUCGUGCAUAGGGCCCGCCUCAACCUCCUGCCCCUCAACGGCGCUCGCAUGUGGGGCGCACCGGACAGGGACCAGCGGUGCCGCGUCUGCGGGUACCUGAGGGAGACACUGCCGCAUGUGGUGUGCCACUGCAUGCCUCGCAGUGCGCUCUACCGGGCCCGCCACAACGCCAUCGUCGACCGCGUCCGGACCGCCGCCUCCCGCGAGUUCACGGUGGCCUUCGAGAACCAGGCCGUCGGAGACACGGGCCUGCGUCCGGAUCUCGUCCUGGUGCGUGGCGAAGAGGCUAUCGUCAUCGACGUCACGUGCCCGUUCGAGAACACGCCGGACGCCUUUGAGAACGCCCGUAACGCCAAGCUGGCUCACUACGAGCCGGUGGCGGCGUUUCUCCGGCGCCGGUAUCAACGGGUCACCGUCCACGCCGUCAUCGUGGGUGCCCUCGGCGCAUGGGACUCGGCGAACGAUCGCGUACUACGUCGCAUUUGUUCGCGCCCCUACUUGCGCCUGUUCAAGAAGCUUUGUGUCGGACCUGGGGUCACGUCAAGCCGACGUCGACCCCCGGGUCUCGCUGCAAAGGAAGUCUUCCAGCCUCCCGGGAGCUGCCGUUCCAGCCUGCAGUCCCUGGCCUCCGGUCCCGGGCCCUCCUGCUCGGUGACCCCCGCCCCAUGCCUGGCGACGCACGGACCCGGACCCCGCCUGCUGCCCCGGCUCCUCCCGUCCCGUCGCCUACCUCUUUGCUACCAGAUCUCGGACCCAGCACCUGCUGAGCCCGUAUACUAG